AUGCUGUACUCGCCGGCGAUUUGCAGCUCUUGUUUAUGCGACCUCCGCUCUCUCCUGCCGCUGGGUAGGAUGGUAUCGGUCGGUAGAUUUCAAGGAAAAAUGAUCCACUUGCAGGAAGCGAGGGAGGCAUUAUCUGGCGUCAAUUCACCCGCUGAACAAGAUCCCCCACCUGAUUCUCAGCUUACAGUGCUGAAUCAAAUGGACAGUGUCAAUGGGGAAACCAAAGCUGAAGGUGGAACCGUGGUAGUCGAGGAUGUGGAAAUUGCUUCAGCAGGAUCCCCUCUUCCAGACUUGAAACUGGAUGAGUCAUUCAGGAUUCCAAAGGAAACCGUUGACAUACUUAAGGAUCAAGUGUUUGGUUUUGACACUUUCUUUGUCACAAGUCAGGAACCCUAUGAGGUGCCAUAG